GAAACAUUAAUCUAAUAGUCACUGGCUAGAACUUCCCAUAGUUCCAAAACGAGAGACUGCCAACAUAUUGUAUAUUUUGAAAGAAACCAAAAUGAAUAAUUCAUCUUGGCUCGAUUUAGACUUAAUAAAUUCCUUCACUCCAGUCGAGUGUGGCACCACCAUCAUGGCUGCCGAGUUUGACGGUGGCGUGGUGCUGGGUGCUGAUUCCCGCACCACCGCUGCGGGCCAUGUGGCCAAUCGAAUCGCGGACAAAGUAACUCGGAUCACGGACAACGUCUACUGCUGCCGCUGUGGCUCUGCUGCGGACACCCAGGAGCUCGCUGAGGUGGUCUCGAAUUUGAUGUGGCAUCGCGAGAUGCACACGGGGGAGCAGACCCUUGUCCGCGACGUGGCCACGGAGUUCCGGGACAAGUGCUACGACGGUCGCAAAUACCUGUGUGCCGGCAUCAUUGUGGGUGGCUGGGACGAUCUGCACGGGGCCCAGGUGUACAACAUUUCGCUGGGCGGCAUGAUGAUGCGCGAACAGUUGAGCUAUGGCGGAUCUGGUUCCAUAUACAUUAGUGGCAUGCUCCGGGACGGCUACCGUCCGAACAUGGAGAAAGAGGAGUUGGUGCUGCUUUUCCGGUCGGCCCUCAAACAGGCCAUCCAUCACGAUUCCUUCUCCGGGGGAGUAUCGCGCAUCGCCAUCAUCACCAAGGAAGGCAUCGAGCGACGGGUGUACUACAACACCAGCACUGGCAAGGCUCAGGCCAGAGGCACUGAUGUACUCUUGGGCUGUGGCGAGACUAAGAAGCCACGCAAGUCUUAAGUCCUAAAUAAAUAUAAUCCAACGUAGUUAAUCGAA